AUGACUGGUGGACAUGGCAGUGGUUGCGACAUGGAACGGCUUUGGAUGCCCCUUGGUGGGCUUGGGUCCGAGGCAGCGAUCAGCGGUCCCGGGCGAUCAGAAAGUCGCGUGUUGGAUCCAUCCAUCCAGCGGCGAGCGGGACCAUGGCCGCGAAGCCAAAAGCAAGGCAGGGAAGAAGAAAAAAGGAGGAUUGCAGGCACAGGCACGAGGACGGGGUGUGUGUGCGUGUGCGUGUGCGUGUGCAAGGGGCCAGGUAAUGGUCAUGUGAUGGAUGCGAGGAAAGGGAAAAAAAAAGGUGCGGUAGGCUGGACGGGAACGCCCUGGCUAGCGAGGCAAGGACAGCCAUGGCGGGGCUUGAGGAGAAGAGGCGGUGGUGAGGCUGGGCGUGUAGUGAAAGGGUGUCGUCAUGUGCAGCGGUGGCAUGAGUCGCGGUUGGCGAACAGGUGGGAAAUUCAAGGAUGCCUAGAUAGGAAGGCUUCUCGAAGGCCCAGGGAAGAAAAGCCGUGCCAUGGUCGUGUCAUGGUGGUGGAUGGGUGGUUGGUGGCAUUGCCUGCUUACUACCUGAGAGAGCGGCUGCUGCGACGAUACACUACCACUUGGCCAUGCACCCAAAGUCGGCCCGCCAAGCAUCGAGAUGGCGGCGGCGGCGGGCGUUUACACAGGCUGGCAGCUGGUGGUUCGGAUCAUGCGAACAGUACUGGGCGCAUGCAGGGCCAAGCCGGGGGAAACAGUUUUACCAGCGAGCAGCGUCGAGGGCGUUCAGAGGCCAGGACGGCCGAGAAGACAGCACCGAAGCAAAAGCCGUCGCAAGUCGAAGGCAGGCCGUCUUCUGGCGUCAUGGUGCAUGCAUUGACGGUGGGAUUGCGGCCUUCUAGAACAAAAGAACCCCCAAGCCCGGCCACAAGAGUGCAUGGCCUGACGCCCGGGGCACAAACUCUGCCUUGGGCCUGUCCGCUAGCCUGUUUCAAGCCCGUUCAUGGCCGCCGACCGUGGGCGAGGGCGGGAACCGACGGUCCAUGGCAUCCAUCAGCCUUGUGCCUCACUGGGCCCGGCAGCUUUGGCCAUGGCAUGGGAGGGAGGUCGGGGAGGGGGGGAGAAGACGAGGAAGCGAGCAGGAACAGGGGAUACGAAGAAGAAAGGGGGGAGACGAGGAAGAAAGAAGCAGAAGCAGCAGCCUCCGACGUCGCCGUUGCCGAAGAACAAGAAGAAGAAGGCUAA